AACUUCCUCGGGUUCUCUCUCUCCAAUUUCCUCACCUCCCUUCAUUUAAACUCCCCCCCUUUUCCAUAAGAAACAUCACAAAAUCCCCCUUUUUUAUCUCUCAAUAAUCAAUUCCAUCUUUCUUCCCCACACCAAAAAAAAGAUCAAAAAAGAGUGAAUCCCUUUUCCCAUUUCCGCACAUAACAUACAUACAACCCAUCAAAAUUCGAUCUUUUCAAAUGGGUGUUCCCGAAAAGCUUCAUUCCAUAGAUAGUGGAGCUGUGGAUUCCGAAAAAUGGGUUCUUUCCGCCGGAAUCGCUCUCAGAAAGCCGGUUUUCACCAAACCGGCGGAGAAAACCGACUCCGACGAGGAUUUGCCGACGACUCCGACGUACGCCGAGUCGAGAAUGCCGGCGAGAUUGCUCUGCCCGCCGCCGCCAAAGAAGCGAAAGCCGGCGCCGGCGAGAUCAUGCCACUACGGUGGAGUGAGAGAGUUUUUCAACCCUCCUGAUUUGGAGACUAUCUUCAUACAAAGAGUUGAGGGUGCCUAAUUAAAUAAAUUUAGUGGGAGCUUUCUUAAUCUAAUUUUUAGGUCUUUGUAAUGGAUAUUUUAUUUUCCUAUGUAAGAAGAAGUGUAAGAUGUGAAAGGGCAAUCUAACUAGGUUAUUACCACUCAUGACUUGUUUGCCACAAUCAUUGUAUCGAUGUUGGCCUUUUGGUUUAUUGAAAUUGAUGAUGGGAUUUCGAA